AUGCAAGCUCAACCUCCGGUGGUCAUUGUAAGUCAGCCUGGAAGUGGUCCGGUUCCUCAAAUCUCUAACUGGCAGACGGGCAUGUGUGACUGCUUCAGCGAUUGCGGCGUCUGUCUCUGUGGCAUAUUUUGCUUCAUGUGUCUUGCAUGUCAAGUUGCAUCUGAUAUGAAUGAAUGCUGUCUGUGUGGAACAAGUGUUGCAAUGAGGACCCUCUACAGGACUCGAUACGGCAUCCCGGGAUCCAUUUGUGAUGACUAUUUGGUGACCCUUUGCUGUCCUUUGUGUUCUCUUUGCCAAAUCAAGAGAGACAUCAACAGAAGGAGAGCCAUGCGUACUUUCUAA